CUCUCUCUCUCUUCUGUUUUUCAUGUCUUAAAAGUCUCCCUCCUCCUCACCCACAUAAUAUAUAUGUUGAAUAUGACUUAAAGCUAUAGCCAACUGUCAAACACAUUUAAUUUUCUUAUAUCUACCCUUAUUUCAUCCAUUAUCUUCUCUCCAAGACCAAAAUUAUAAUUCAAACACUUCAACACUUGAUGCAAAAAAAUAAUAUAUUGUUGUUUUGUUAAUUCGUCAACCAGAAGAACACCUUCCUUUUAUCGACUUUGAUAUGAAUCAGUGUGUACCUAGUUGGGACCUCGAUGACUCCACCGUUCCUCCAAAAAAUACUCUACAAACUCAAUCCAAUUCAUUAGCUGUUGAUGUCCCCUCCUUGGAUUAUGAAGUGGCGGAGCUAACGUGGGAAAAUGGGCAGUUAGCAAUGCAUGGGUUAGGGCCUCCACGGGCCCCUAAUAAGCCCAUAUCAAGCUACGGUGGCACCCUUGAAUCGAUAGUCAACCAAGCCACCGGAUGCAUCGACGUCCCUCCUCAUCUCCACGGUAAAUCCGCCGUGGACGGGAACAAACACGGUGGAGAUGAGGUUGUUCCUUGGUUCAACAACCACAACGCGGUUGCCUACGCUCCUCCGGUAACCGGUUUAGUCACCAUGACUAAGGAUGCGUUGGUGCCCUCGAAUUCUGACAACCACCGAUCCGUACAUGUGCCGGGUCUUAAUGGCUCCGCACAUGUGGGGUCAUGCAGUGGCGCCACAACCAGUAAAAACUGGAUGAUUGCGCCACGCAUGAAAGUACGGCCCAGGCAACACGAGUGGAGUAGCCGUGCGGAUAUGAUCAGUGUAAGUGGAAGUGCCACGUGUGGGGGAGAUAGCCGUCAAUUAACGGUUGACACACUUGAUAGAGAAUUUGGUACGACGAUGUACACUUCUACGUCGAUGGGGUCACCGGAAAACACCAGCUCCGAUAAGCAGUGCACCAAUAGGACGGGGGACGACCACGAUUCUGUUUGCCACAGCAGAGAUCAGAGGGAGGCAGGUGAUGAUGAGGAUGGUAAUAACCAAAAAGAGUCGAAAAACUCCUCAUCUUCCACAAAGAGGAAGAGGGCGGCUGCCAUCCACAACCAGUCUGAACGAAAAAGAAGAGACAAAAUUAAUCAAAGGAUGAAGACACUACAGAAGUUGGUUCCAAAUUCGAGUAAGACAGAUAAAGCAUCAAUGCUUGAUGAGGUGAUAGAAUAUUUGAAGCAACUUCAAGCUCAAGUUCAUAUGAUGAGUAGGAUGAACAUGUCACCAGCCAUGAUGUUACCACUGGCUAUGCAACAACAAUUACAAAUGUCUAUGAUAGGCAUGGGUAUGGGUAUGGGUAUGGGCAUGGGAGUUGCCGGAGUUUUUGAUACUAACAGCCUUAACCGCCCUAAUAUUCCCGGACUUCCUUCCUUUCUCCACCCUUCUGCUGCCACCGCCGCCUUCAUGCAACCUAUGACCGCCUGGGAUAACUCCAACGCCGCCCCUGCUGCCCCUCCUCCUCCUGCUGCUGCUGCUAUGCCUGAUCCUUUAGCUGCCUUACUCGCUUGCCAAUCACAGCCAAUUAACAUGGAUGCGUAUAGUAGGAUGGCAGCAUUGUACCAGCAAUUCCAACAGCCACCAACAGGCUCUGGCCCUAAAAAUUGAUAGGAUAUAUACCAUAUACUAGUUAUCAUUUUUGUAAAGUUCUUUUAGUUAUUUAUUCCGUCGGAAUGAUGUGAGAGAUCUCUUGUACUUGUUAUAAUGGUCAUUUCUGCUUUUAUACUUUCGACUUUGGAAACUAAACAUGUAACCUUGUUAGAACUCUGUAUUUCAAAUAUCAGAUCAAAAGUUGAAUUGA